AUGAAUGGUUUGCAUUAUGAUCUUAGCACGGAUCAGUCUCACAAUAGCCUCACGUCAUUUAUACUUCCUCUGUCGUCACCUUAUAGUCCAGUAAAUAAAGCUAUUGCUGCGAAAACAAUGCUAGAAAUGGCAAAGCCAAAUGACGAUACUGACGACGAGCUUAACGAGCCAUCCAUUGACGACGAAGUCGUAUCAUUAGUGACUCGAUCUUUCGAAGUCGUGUCAAGUGUUGGGAAGGCCGAGCCUGACGACGAGGACGAGGAGCUGGAAACGUCCGAUAUGGAUAAUCCGGUAUCGCACGAUUCUACAACAGUCUGA